UUCUUUAUUGAAGGGUUAAAACAACGUGAGACAACCAUGACUGGCAAAACACAGACCAGCAACGUCACUAAUAAGAAUGAUCCUAAAUCCAUCAAUUCCCGAGUUUUCAUUGGCAAUCUGAACACAGCCAUUGUCAAAAAAGGUGACAUAGAAGCCAUCUUUGCAAAAUAUGGAAAAAUAGUCGGAUGCUCGGUGCAUAAAGGUUAUGCAUUUGUACAGUAUAUGAGUGAACGACAUGCCAGGGCUGCAGUGGCAGGAGAAAAUGCCAGGAUCAUUGCAGGUCAACCGCUUGAUAUCAACAUGGCAGGAGAACCCAAACCCUAUAGACCCAAACCUGGAAACAAGAGGCCCCUUUCAGCUCUUUACAGACUUGAAUCAAAGGAGCCAUUCCUGUCUGUUGGUGGUUAUGUCUUUGAUUAUGAUUACUACAGAGAUGAUUUCUACAAUCGGUUGUUUGAUUACCACGGGCGUGUGCCCCCACCUCCCCGGGCAGUGAUACCCCUGAAGCGUCCCCGCGUGGCUGUAACAGCGACUCGUCGAGGUAAAGGUGUUUUUUCCAUGAAAGGAGGAUCGAAAUCUACAUCAAGUGGAACUUCUUCUUCAGGAUCCAAAUUGAAAUCAGAUGAGUUACAGACAAUCAAGAAAGAAUUAACCCAAAUCAAAACCAAAAUUGACUCCUUGCUAGGAAGACUGGAGAAGAUUGAAAAGCAGCAGAAGGCUGAGGCAGUUGGAGGGGAAGAAGCCCGUAGGAAACAUGUCCAUUUAGAUCACAUAGCAGAAGUAUUAAAGAAGAAGGCCCAACAUACCAUUUGCUCUUUUCCCUCAGAAGCUCAGAAGAAGCAAAUGGAAGAUAACAUAGAGUUGAACCAAGAGGAAUGUGUGUCAGAGAAUGCAGAUAACUCUACAGAAGAACCUAUUGAAGGAGGACCAGAUGCAGAUGGAGAUGGAGAAGAAAUGACUGAUGGGAUAGAGGAGGACUUCGAUGAAGAUGGAAGUAAUGAGCUGUGUAUAACCAUGGACUUUUUUUUUUCCAAAGCUACUUCCCUGGAGCAGCUUCAUUGUCAUCCUGCUGAGCCAGUAAACAGCACAAUGGGAGAAGCCAACAUGCAGAGAAGACAAGGACCUUACAAGCUUGCAGAACAAUCACGAUAA